AGUGCUCAUUCAGGUACUUAACACCCUGGAGACCCGGACCUCGGCUUUCAAAGCGGCCCGGGUGGGAAGAGCUGUUUAUAUAAACAGAGAUUCCUCUGUAAAUGCGCUAAUAUCCCGGCUGCCAGCGCCUGGCGAGCGCCUCCCACGCCCAUCCGUAGGAGCGGCGUCCCGGCCGCCCCUCCGUUCCCAGCCUGCCCUGCCCCCGCCUCCUUCCCCUUCUCGGCCAUGGCCACCUCUGGACGCCUGAGCUUCACCGUGCGCAGCCUUCUAGAUUUACCCGAGCAGGACACGCAACACCUGCCGAGGCGGGAGCCAGAACCACUCGCCCCCCAGUCCGACCCCUGCGCCGCCUGGCUGGAUUCGGAGCGCGGCCACUACCCUUCCUCGGACGAGAGCAGCCUGGAGACCAGCCCGUCAGACUCGUCUCAGCGGCCGUCCGCUAGGCCCGCGUCUCCGGUCUCGGACGCCGAGAAAAGGAAGAAGCGGCGGGUGCUAUUCUCCAAGGCGCAGACGCUGGAGUUGGAGCGGCGCUUCCGGCAGCAGCGGUACCUGUCUGCGCCCGAGCGCGAGCAGCUAGCGAGCUUGCUUCGCCUCACGCCCACGCAGGUCAAGAUCUGGUUCCAGAAUCAUCGCUACAAGCUGAAGCGCGCUCGCGCGCCAGGGGCCGCGGAGUCACCCGACCUGGCAGCAUCCGCCGAGCUGCACGCCGCGCCCGGCCUGCUGCGCCGCGUGGUGGUGCCGGUGCUUGUUCGCGAUGGGCAGCCGUGGGGCGGCGGCGGCGGCGGCGAGGCGGGAACCGCCGCGGCCCAGGACAAGUGCGGCGCCCCUCCAGCCGCCGCCUGUCCUCUGCCGGGCUACCCUGCCUUCGGUCCCGGCUCGGCGCUUGGCCUCUUCCCCGCCUACCAGCACUUAGCAGCCCCCGCCCUGGUCUCCUGGAACUGGUGAGGCCUCAGGGCGGCACCUGGGGCUACCCUGGACUUUGGAGCGCGCUCUGCGGUUGGAGCAGGGCCGGAGCCGAACGCCUGGAACGCUCUCCGUCCGCCUCCCUGCAGCCCCAUCUCCUUGGGCGCCGGGGUCCCUGGCGCGCCCUCACCAGCCGUCACGCAAGCACACACGAGGGACGUGUGCCAGAGCCCCCUUCCUCACCUUCCCUCCACCGCCAGCCCCAGAGUUAGAUUUUAUGCUUGGGCCUUAUUUGUAUAUUUUUAAAUAGCGAUUUGUAUGGGAAGCAAGUUAUUUUUUAAAAAAAUAGAGUAUUUUUCCUCGUA